AUGUCUUCAGUAGCAGUGUUAUGGGUUGCUGCCUCAUCUCCAAAUCCAGACCCAAUGAACACUAAUGGGUUUGUAAGGGCUAUAGAGUCUUCUAGAGUGCUCUCUCGUUGUCAGAAUCAGAGAGUGAACAAUGGUAGGAGGAAGCAAACAAAAACUUGGACUUGUUCUUCUGUAAUGAGCUGUAGAAAGAGUGUUGUGUCUUCAAGCUUAGCAGCAAGUCAUGCAGGAGAGAUAGCCCUCUCAUCUGAAGAGAAGGUUUACAACGUUGUGCUUAGACAAGCAGCUUUGGUGAACAAACAGCUCAGGACUACUUCUCCUGACCUUGAUGAUGUGAAGAAACCACAGGAGAUUGUUCUCCCUGGGAGUUUGAGUUUGUUGGGUGAAGCUUAUGAUCGAUGCGGUGAAGUUUGUGCUGAAUAUGCUAAAACCUUUUAUCUUGGAACUUUGCUUAUGACACCUGAGAGGCGAAAGGCCAUUUGGGCUAUCUACGUUUGGUGCAGAAGAACUGAUGAGCUCGUAGAUGGGCCUAAUGCAUCACACAUAACUCCAAUGGCGUUAGAUAGAUGGGAAGCAAGGUUAGAAGAUCUUUUCCGUGGCCGUCCUUUCGAUAUGCUUGAUGCUGCUCUCGCUGAUACUGUUGCUAGAUACCCUGUCGAUAUUCAGCCAUUUAGAGACAUGAUUGAAGGAAUGAGAAUGGAUUUGAGGAAAUCAAGAUACAAGAACUUUGAUGAUCUCUACCUUUACUGCUAUUAUGUAGCUGGAACCGUUGGUUUGAUGAGUGUUCCGGUUAUGGGAAUCGAUCCUAAGUCCAAAGCAACGACCGAGAGUGUUUACAACGCUGCCUUGGCUCUCGGUAUAGCUAACCAGCUUACCAACAUACUCAGAGACGUUGGCGAAGAUGCUAGAAGAGGAAGAGUUUAUCUACCGCAAGAUGAGUUAGCUCAAGCUGGUCUAUCAGAUGAAGACAUAUUCGCCGGAAAAGUCACUGAUAAAUGGAGAAACUUCAUGAAAAUGCAGCUUAAGCGAGCAAGAAUGUUCUUUGACGAAGCUGAGAAAGGCGUUACCGAACUAGACGCUGCUAGCAGAUGGCCGGUAUGGGCAUCGCUCCUAUUGUACAGGAGAAUAUUGGACGAGAUUGAAGCGAAUGAUUACAACAACUUUACAAAGAGAGCUUAUGUUGGGAAAGCCAAGAAAAUUGCAGCUCUGCCAUUGGCUUAUGCUAAAUCAGUACUAAAGACUCCAAGUUCAAGAGGAACAAAUUAAUAAGGCUUUUGUGAUUAAAGGAAAAGCUUAGGGUCGAAUUUAUGAUGUUAACUAAUAUAUACAUAUAAAUGGCCAAAUGAAAUUCUUAUUUCCCUUUGUAAAAAGUGAAUUAUUUUGUUUUAUAUCUCUUGGCUACUGAAGAAAUAGGAAUAUUUUGGUUGGAGAGCUAGUUUUGUGAUAUAUAAAAAGAAGUUACUGAUUUCAGAA